UUUAGUGGCAAAUAAUUCUUUUUUCUGCUUUCUUGUGAAACACCUUUUGAACGUUAAAACUAUUUAUUUUCUUUUUCUUUUUGUUAAAUCUACAAAUCUUAAUUGGUAGUAUAUUUUGAGAAAAUUUUAUGAUUAGAUGUGAGAAGAACCUUUUCACCUUAAUACAUACUAUAAAGAAAAAAAUAAUAAAUUUAGAUACGAAUAUCGGGUUUUGACAAUGAUGAAACAUUAAGAAAAAGGAGGAAAACUUUUAACUGAAACGUUUUAAAAACAUCUUUCGUAUAAAAACAAUUAUAUACACAAUUAUGGCACAGUAUUUCUUCAAUGGGUCGUGUUCAUCGAUGUUGUUUGUUCACAAUACCAAUGGCGUAUUUACAUAGCCGAUUUCGGUACAUCAUUUAUACCUGCUGAUCCAAUGGAGUUAAUUAGUACAAUCUGGGUAUCAUCAGAAAUUAGUUGUACAGAAACUUGUAACAUAAAUUUAUUGUGUCGAACGUACGAUUAUGAUACAUUAUCUAAACGAUGUCGACUAUUUGAAGGUGAAAUAACAACUGGUCAGGUGAAUAGAUCAGCAGCUAUCCCGUCAACAUCAAGAGUUAGUAGUAUUGUAUAUACAGAACAACUUUAUUUAGCCUAUAACCAAACAUGUGAUAAAUGUCAAAUAAAUCGAUAUUUACUAUGUAUUAAUAAUAUUUGUCAAUGUACCCCACAUACAUGUUGGAAUGGAGAUCGUGGAUGUUGUUAUUUUUAUGGGCAAAUAUCAGAUGUGACAAGCAUGUCACAAACAAUUAAUUUAACAGCUUAUGCUAAUGAUAUCGAUAAUCAUAAUGUCACAUACAAUUUGUCCGUAUGGUUAGGUGGUUGGGCAGGACAAAAUGAUUCGGCUUAUGUAUCGUUUCAAUUCCUAUCAUCAUCGUUAUCUGUAUUGGGUACUAGUAAGCAAAUAGGUCAAGCGCUAGAUACUGAUCGGGGACAUACAACGCAAUUAAUUUAUCGAUCAACACCAGCCGUAACAGAAUUACAUUUUGACGACUACUGCGACCACUUUUCUCGAAAACUGUUAAACACAUGA